UCUAGUUUUAAUAGUGUUAUAAAACUCUCUCUCUCUCUUAUCUCUCUCUUCUAAAGAAACACUGUUUAGGGUUUCCUGGUAAUAGUAAUGAAGCUUUUCCACCACCGGAUAUCAUGUCUUAUCUCUCUAACUUUAGUUCUGUUAUGGGGAUGCAACAACUUAGUGGUUAAAGCAACGGCGCCGGAAUGUGGGUUUCCGGCAAUAUUCAACUUCGGCGAUUCAAAUUCCGACACCGGAGGAUUGUCGGCUGUGUUUGGGCAAGCUGGUCCUCCUCACGGCGAAUCUUUCUUCAAUGGCCCUGCCGGACGCUACUGUGAUGGCCGCCUCCUUGUUGAUUUUAUAGCCGAGGGGUUAGGACUACCAUAUUUGAGUGCUUUUCUCGAUGCCAUUGGCUCGAACUUCAGCCACGGAGCCAACUUUGCCACAGCCGGAUCCACUAUUCGACCCAUGAAUGUUUCUAUACAAAUAAGCGGUUUUAGCCCCAUAUCUCUUAACGUUCAAUGGAAUGAAUUUCACGACUUUCAUCUUCGUUCUCAACAAAUUCGCGAUAAAGGAGGUGUUUUUGCGGAACUCAUGCCUCAUGAUGACUAUUUCUCCAAGGCCUUGUACACUUUCGACAUUGGCCAAAAUGACUUAACCGCAGGAUAUUUUGACAACAAAACGGUGGAAGAAGUUAGAGCUGAGAUUCCGAACAUCUUAAGCCAUUUCAAAGAUGUUGUUUCGUGGAUAUAUAACAUUGGUGGACGAAGCUUUUGGGUGCACAACACAGGUCCGGUUGGAUGUUUGCCUUAUGUUAUGGACCGUUUGUUGAUCACCGCAGGACAAGUUGAUAAAUUCGGUUGCGCUUCUCCUUUCAAUGAUGUGGCUCGAGACUAUAACAUCGCGCUUAAAGCUACAAUAGAUGAACUUAGAAACGAUCUCCCCGAAGCUGCCAUAACUUAUGUUGAUAUUUACUCUAUCAAGUAUGCUCUUUUUAGCCAAGCUAAAAAGAAUGGGUUCUCGAGUCCAUUGAGAUCUUGUUGCGGGCAUGGAGGGAAGUACAAUUACAACCCCCAUAUAGGAUGUGGAGCAACUAAGGUGAUCAAAGGAAAAAAAGUUGUGGUGGGUAGUGCAUGCAAAGAUCCUUCGAAAUCUGUUAUUUGGGAUGGAGUGCAUUUCACUCAGGCGGCUAAUAAGAUUAUAUUCGAUAAAAUCGUCGAUGGUUCUUUCUCCAGCCCUCCGAUUCCAUUGAAGAUGGCCUGCCACAGGCACUCCAAAUAAAAUAUUUUACCAAGAAGAUGAAAGUUUGUUUGAAAUUAAGAACAUUAAGAAGAAUAAUGAAAUAAACAUGCAUUAUUUUGCUCAUGCAAAUAAAUUUCUUUUAUCUCAA